AUGCUGCCGUUCCCACACUUCCUUGUCGAGGCGCUGCCGUCCUUCCCAAUGUCGCACAAUGCGACUCUCUUGGCGCAUAUUACACCCACAGAGCUCGGCGCGCCAUUCUACCACAUGAAGCGACAACACAUGUUUGACUGGAUCUCGGACAGACACCUGUCACUGUUUGCCCCCAUUGCAGUGUACUGGGUUCUGUCCACCGUCUUUGAGGUGCUCGACACUGUGCAGUUGCCAUACUUUGAGGCGCGUCGGAUCCACGAGAGCGACGCUGUCAAGGCACGCAACCGGGCGACGUUUUGGCAGGUUAUCCGCGCCGUGGUGCUGCAGCAGGCCGUGCAGACCGUGUUUGGCCUGCUCAUCCUCGAGGGCGACGAGAGCGUGCUCAAGACUGAGAUCAACCGCGACCACGUUGCGUCCAUGGCCUACCUCGCCCCGCGUGUGGCGGACCUCGUCUUCCUUGUCCUGGGCAAGAACACUGGCCUGACGGUUCUCGACUCGUAUGGCCCUCGAAUCGUCAACUUUGUGUACUGGUGGGGCAUCCCAACAUUCCAGAUGUUCUUUGCAUUCUGCAUGAUCGACACCUGGCAAUACUUUUUGCAUCGUGCGAUGCACACGUAUACGACCCUGUACCGCGCCUUCCACUCGCACCACCAUCGGCUGUACGUGCCCUUUGCCUUUGGUGCGCUGUACAACCACCCAAUAGAGGGUCUCCUUCUGGACACUGCUGGCGCCGGCCUCGCCUCGCUGGCAACCUUUAUGACUAUCCGCCAGUCGACGCUGUUGUUCUUCGUCUCGACGUGGAAGACGGUCGACGACCACUGCGGCUACCGUCUCUGGUGGGACCCCUGCCAGAUGCUGUUUGCCAACAAUGCUGACUACCACGACAUUCACCACCAGGCAUACGGCAUCAAGGCCAACUUUGCCCAGCCCUUCUUCACCAACUGGGACUACCUCCUCGGCACGCAGAUGACCCGUGCCCAAGCGCAGGCGCGUCGCGGAAACGGCGCCGCCGCCGUCGACAAGGAGGACUAG